AUGGAGGGAGCACAUGAGGAAUUGGAGAGAAGGAGCAAGUUCUUGAACAGUUUGAUACAAAAGAAGAAGGAUGUCGAGCAUAAGAAGCAGAAUGACCGUAUGAAUGUGCGUGUGAGGGCUUCAGAUAUGCCUUUAUCUUUGCAAAAUCACGCAUUUAGGUUUGCUAGAGAUAAUCUAGAUUCAAUGGCGUCUGGGAAGCUUGACAGCAAACGCCUUGCUCUUGCACUCAAGAAGGAAUUCGACUCAACGUAUGGUCCAGCUUGGCAUUGCAUCGUGGGAACUAGCUUCGGCUCAUAUGUCACACAUUCCGUGGGAGGAUUUUUGUAUUUCUCAAUGGAUAAUGUCUAUAUUCUUCUAUUCAAGACUGCCGUUGAGCCUUUAGACAUUUGA